AUGGGUGUCCAGGGCCUGUGGAAGAUCGUCGGCCCUGUCGCGCGGCCCAUCACCCUCGAGUCGCUCGAGGACAAGCGGCUCGCUAUCGACGCGAGCAUCUGGCUGUACCAGUUCCAGAUGGCCAUGCGCGACCGCAAGACGGGCGACACGCUCCACGGAGCCCACAUCAUGGGCACGUUCAGGCGGGUUCUCAAGCUCCUGUUCCACGGCAUCAAGCCCGUCUUUGUCUUUGACGGCGACGCUCCCAUGCUCAAGAAGCGCACCAUCGAGAACCGCAAGCGACGCAAGCAGGGUGCCGGGACCGACCUCGCCAAGACGGCGCAGAAGCUCCUGUCGGCGCAGCUUCGCACGCGCGACGCGGCAGCAGUCGCGGCGGGGCGCGCGGCCAUGUUGGACGUCGACACGGGCGAGCAGAUCGGCGAGGACGCCGUCUACCUCGAGGACCUCGACAAGCCGGCCUCGCCCCUCAAGCCGGCCCGCAAGGACGUGCUGCGCGACGAGUACGCGCUCCCGCAGAUCGAGGGCUCGCUCGCGGCGCGCGCCAAGAUGUCGGACCCGCGCAUC